CUUCACGUCCCUUGGAUUUCCGCCUUUCGCCACGAGCCCAUUUCUCUCGUCUUCUUCAAUAACAACCCUUUUGCGUCGCCCUCGCAUCGCCCUCAACUCGUCCCACACAUCCAAAUCCACUUCAUCUACAUACAAUAUGCCUCGUCAACGUGGAGGAGCCGCUCCCCGCCGACCCACGGCCGCACCAGCACCUAGACCCGUUGCUCCUGCUCCUGCUCCUGCACGCCAUUCAUCAACUGCCGCCCAUCCACCUCAACAGCAGGCUGCUCCACCAAUGCAGCAGGCUCCGCCUCAGCAGGCUUCCCAAGGCCCGGGUCUCUUCGGUCAGAUGGCCAGCACAGCUGCCGGUGUUGCAGUAGGAUCGUCCAUCGGCCACGCCGUCGGUGGGUUCUUCAGCGGAGGAGGUUCAUCAGAACCGGCACAACAGCAACAACAGGCACCAACCGACUUCGCUCAGCAACACCAGCAAGCCAAUUUCCAGUCCCAAUCCGGUGCUUGCCAGGCACAGAUCGGCGACUUCCGCAAAUGCAUGGAUGAGAACCAGGGCAGCUUGAACAUCUGCGGUUGGUAUCUGGACCAGCUCAAGGCCUGCCAGGCCGCCGCUAGCCAGUACUAGAUUCGAUGAACCAUGUAAAAUGAAUAUCCGGGGAAAGCACCUCCGACACAAAACUAUACCAUUAGACGCACAUGGACCAAAUCUUUCAUGGGACAUCAGUGAGCAUAUGCAUUUACGUUUUGGAAAAGGCGUGUCUUUAGCGUCCACUGUAAUAGUACGACAAUCCACUAUGCUCUUCAUUGCUGCUGACCGUUUUUGCCAUCCGUGUUGGAUCGUGUUGCUCCUUUGGCACAUGCCUAAUAUGCUACAGCUCUAUUCUACUCAACGACGUAAGUGUAAAUGCAUUGAACAAUACGAUGUCCAGGUCAUGACUCGUGUAAUUCAUGCCCGUGUCAAUCUUUUGAUGUUGUUCAAAUCGACGAGUGGGGCUUUAGCAGUGAACUAACAUGUUGCCUCCACUUUCUCAUGUAUUCUAUCAUCAAUCAACCAUGAAAACCACUUGCAAGAUUCUGUGGGGUCACGGAAGCUUCGUCACGUAAUUGC